AUGGCUGAAAAUGGUACUUCAUUUGUUAAAGUACGGAAGAACUUGCAGGGUUUUAUGACUCUUCUAAAAUUUGCAGCUUGUGAAUUGCUUCUGAAUUUUUUGCUGCUUCUUGAUGCUGUAUUCUCAUAUCUGCUGACGAAAUUUGCACGCCACUGCAAGCUGCAAAUACCUUGCAUUUUGUGUUCCAGGCUGGAUCAUUUUUUGGGCAAUGAAAAACCAGGCUUUUAUCGCAAUCUACUGUGCAGCAACCAUAGAUCAGAAAUAUCAUCCUUGUUUUCAUGCCGUAUGCAUGGCAAGCUCGCAGAUGGCCGUGGCAUGUGUGAGGAAUGUCUCUUGUCAUUUGCCAUGAAAACCAAAUCAAACCCAGAAAUGCACAGGCUACUGGUGGGUAAAUUUGGGUACGAUCUUAGCACUUAUGGUUGCCAAAGUUCAUUGCCGAACAGGGAAAUUGUUUCUGGUUCUGUGGGUGUGCGGUUGUGCUCAUGUUGCAAUAAGCCUUGGAGAUCAAGACCAAAUGUUGACAAACUAAUUCUGCUAAAAUCACUGAGGAGUGAGAAGACAAUGCCUACUAUUCCUUUGUCACGGUGUUUGACUCACCACGAGGGCUUAAAGAAAAUGAGGGAGAUAUUUUCUGGGUUAGCAACACCCUGCAAUCUUAGGAAAACUGUUUUUGAUCCCUUGUCUCAUGUAGGAUGCAUGAAGCUAAAAUUGGCUUCUGAUUCUGAGUCAGAAUUCCCUUUCUAUUCUGAUGAUGAGGGUAGUAAUAUUGUUCCUGAAAUAAAAGAGCCUAAGGAAGAAUCUAAAUUUCAGCAUGCUAGAGAAAUUUUACCUAAAACACUGACAAAUUGUGUGGCCCCAGAUAAGCUGAUGUAUAAUUCCUAUAAACCACAGAUGCAGCCUGAUGUCAGAGAGCCCCAGGAUGUGAAAUGUUUUCAGUCUGAUUCUGACAUAGCUCGUGGUCUUGGUGAGCUUAACUGGCAGCAAGCUGAUCAGAAAACCUAUCCUUCUAUACCUGAGCUUAUUUCACUUGAUGAUUUUCCUCCUUUGUCCAAUGGGAUGGAAGCCUCUGCAGCAGUGUCAACAGAGAAGUGUGAGCUCAAGUUUCCUCUAUCAGAAAAUUCGAAUCCUUCUGCACUAUCUGAGCUCAUGUCCCUUGUUGAUUCUCCCUCAUCAUUCAAUGUUGUUGAAGGUCCUUUUGAAGCACUACAAUGGAAGUCAGCAGUUGGCACUGGAACAGACAACAUUAGAAAUAUUUCCAUAAACAAGCAUGGGGAAAUUUUGAAGUCAGUAGCUGCAACAGCAGGAAGAAAUGUUAAAAAUGAUCAGGUUGUUAAUGAAGUGCCUUACAUAAAUCCAACUUACAUGAAUCAGGGUAAUGUGUGGAAGUUCAUAGUAAGCAGUAAGGAAGAAGAAGCAUCUGGUUUUGUGGAAAAAGAACCCACUCUGAAAGAACCUGAAAGAGUUAAUGAAGACAAAAGGUUGUUGCCAAUAGAAAAUACUUCUGCUCAAGGGCUUGGUUUAUCUUCAGACAAGACAAUCCCCAGCACUCAGGUUCAUGAUGAUGAAUUGCAGAUAAAUGAAGCUUCUAGCUCCGAUGUAGUUCAGAUGCUUCAGGACACAGUCCCAAUAGAGAGAACUGAAUCUUCUGGUCUUGAAUCUCUUGAUGCAACAUCUGUCAGUAAGAUUGAAGGUGAAAAUAUUGUUGAUCGAUUAAAGCGACAAGUUGAGUAUGAUAGAAGGUGCAUAAAUGCUUUGUAUAAGGAAUUAGAUGAAGAAAGAAAUGCUGCUGCAAUUGCAGCAAAUCAGGCAAUGGACAUGAUCACAAGGUUGCAGGAAGAAAAGGCAUCACUCCAUAUGGAGGCCUUGCAUUACUUGAGAAUGAUGGAAGAGCAAGCAGAGUAUGACGUAGAAGCACUAGAAAAGGCUAAUAAUCUCUUGGCUGAAAAGGAGAAAGACAUUCAAGAUUUGGAAGCAGAUUUAGAGUUUUUCAGGUUAAAUUUCCCAGAUGAGCCAGUGGAGACCAUAGCAGAGGGAACCUGUGGAAUGAAGGGGGAAAAUCCAAAUUCAGAAAAUACUAGCAUAAGCUUUGCAAAAUAUGAUGUCAAUAUUCCUCCUAGCUCAAUCUUUAUGGAGGUGUCAAAUGACCAGGAAAAUUCUAUUGAUGUCAGGUCUUUGUGGUCAGAAUUUGAAGAUGAGAAGUUAUUCCUUUCAAAAUGUUUGAAAGAUUUGGGGAGGAAAUUUUGUCAAUUCUCUCAGCAGCAGGCUUUGACGUACAUUUCUGGUGGUCACUCUGAAGAAACAGUAGAGAGAGGAGUUAACAAGGGAGAGUCUCUUGAAAAGCAGGAGACUCAAAUAAAUGGUGAGACGAAAGAGAAUAGUUCAUCACUGCAAAAGGAUAUAGCUGUGUCUAAUGGAAGCCUUCCUGCCCAUGAAAAGUGCAAUGCUAAAAAUGAUGAAGAUCAAAUUGCUGGGAAUGAAAGAAAUCAUCCUGUUUCCAGUGGACAAAAAUUCUCCAAGCAGUGGAAAAAAAUUGAUUUUUUCACUCUUGAAAAUGAAAUCUCAGACCUAAAUGAAAGGCUGGAAGCACUUGAGAGUGAUCGGAACUUCCUUGAGCAUACUUUUAACUCUCUUCAAACUGGAAAAGAGGGACUGAAUUAUGUCAAAGAAAUAGCUCAGGAGCUACAAGAAUUGCGAAAAACUAUGACAUGGAACAGGCGCCAAUUUAUUCCUUGAGAAUACAUCCGUUAUUCUGAGGUUAGCUUAUUGACUAUGAAAAUUAAUUGGUCUGACAUCUGCACUUGCAGAAAUCAAACAUUUCAUAUGUGCAUUUCGCUGUUUUAAUGUCCUGUCAUUUCUACUUGAACAUAAUUCCACAGAACAGCCAGU